AUGUGCCUGAUUUGCUUCACGGAUCCAUCUUCAACUACAACGUCAUUCAACACAUUAUAUAUACUAUCAAUUCCUAAAAGCCUUAGCAGCAGUAAAGUUUUUUCCCGGAAGUCUUUCUCUUCCUUAUUUAGACACAGAUUAUCCACCGCCAUUGACUGCGUCUCCGAAUAUAUUCCUCAUGCUUAUUGGAUUUCUUCACUUGAUAACUGCUCCGCUCUAUCCCCAUUGUUGCAUUCCAAUCGAACGAAGUCUUCUCCUUUCUUAUUUUGGCCACUGGAACUUCCGAUUUUGCUGGUGAUUAUCUUCUUUUCCUCGCUGGAACUUCUGCUUUGCGAGUGUUUUUUUUUUUUUUCCAUUUAUAAUAUGUUAGGGGUUAUCGGAGGGGGUUUGCUCCGUCGGGAUUUCAGAAAAACCUACACCACCAAAGCACUCAUAGGAACCCCACAUAGAAAAACCCGAGUGAUAGACCAAGAAAAGAUGGCAGAAGAUGAAAGCAGAACGCUUGAAGUAACACCAACAUGGGCAGUGACUACUGUUACUUUCAGUUUAAUCGCAGUUUCAAUUCUCAUCGACCAUGUUCUCCAUCUAUUAGCAAAGUAA